GCGGCUCCGCGGGCCGUGCCCGCCGUGCGGAGCUGCGGGAACACUUCCCGCUGCGGGAUCCCCCUCUUGCCUGCCCCGAGCGGCCCUGCGGCACCGGUGGCACAGUGAGCCCCGGAGCUGCCGCGGACCUCGGGCAAGCAGGAGCCCGCGUCGCCCACCUCCUCAGCAUGAGGACGCCGACGGCGAUGAUCGUGGGACUGGUGCUGUGCCCCUGCGGGCUCCUGCUGACGCUCACGGGCACGCUGGCACCCAGCUGGAGGAAGGUGAGCCUCGUACCUAACCAGCCCAUGGACCUCGUCUGGGAGCAGGGCAUCUGGGACAUAUGCCGGGAGCGGCAGAGCACCCAUGACCGCCUCUGCGGGCAGGCUGACGAGCUGGGCUACUUUGAGGAGGUACCCGUGCGGGUGGCCCAAGGGCUGAUGCCCUCCUCGCUGGUGAUCACGCUCCUGGGCUUGGUGGUGGCUGCCCUGGGGGUUCGCUGCUGGCAGGAGGAGCCACGGCACCUGCUGGCUGGAGUGGCAGGGCUGGUGCUGCUUCUCUCAGGGCUGAUGAGCCUCGUGCCCACCUCCUGGUACACCCACGAGCUGUGGGCACUGCCCGCAGUGCCUGGCAGCACACUGACUGUAGGCUACAGCUUGGUGCUGAGCUACUUGGGAAGCUGUCUGGAGAUCUUGGGGGGACUGGCCCUUGCCCUCAGCUUCCACCACUGCUGUAAGGAGCGCAGGGCCCCCAAACUGUCCCCCAGCCCUGUGCUGGAGCCUGGGCUGUGUUCCACCAUUGGGGCUUACAGCAAUCCCUGGGACGUGCUGAAGGAUGAGCGAGAUGGACAGCACUGGAGGAACACUCCACCUUGUGACUCGGACUUGUAGCCCCAGCACCAGGACAGCAGCCACCUGCCUGGCACUGAGAGCAGUGCUGGCUCCUGACCUACAAGCCAUGCCCUUCUCCUGGGGCACCUCAAAGCAGCCUGAAAACAAGAUCAAGGACCUGGCUUGAAUCUCUGCAACUUCCUCAAAAGCCUGCUGUGCUCCAGGUCCUACAACUGUGCCAAAUCCACACUGGGUUGAGGGCUAUACAUAGCUCUAGUCCGUCCAUGCAGCUUUUAACUCAUCCUCCUGCACCAUGCACAGCAGCUUGGUCAGAGGCAGCUUCACUGUUCCCAUGUGAGCAAGGUAUAGACUAGCACCGUGUAACCUUCAGGACUGAGAACAGGGGAGGGGUGCACCUCCCACAUGUCUCUGCCCAACUCAGGACUGUGCAAACAGCAAAAUAAGUGCAAAGGAAUGGGUCUGUACUGUGGGAUGGUUACGGGCUUUCUGCCAGGCAGGCCUGGCUGAGAGCCAGUGGGCAUGGCUAACCCAGCCUCCCUGUGCUUUGCAGGGAGGAAAAGUCUGUAAAAGUUAUAUGGCACCUUCCUAAAGGACUUUUCCCCCAUGGACAAAAUCAGCUCUGGUAGAGGUUUCUCCUUCCUUGAGCACAGCCACUUCAGGGGGA